AUCACAGAACACAUACAGAACUUUAUUAAAAACUUAUAUGCACACGUUCUUAGAACAACAAAACAAGAAGUUCAUCUGAUAUAAAUAGAAACUUCAAAGUCUUCUCUUUGUCUAUUUAUCUCUUAGGAGCUGUAUCCUCUCUUCAACAUGGCACGCUUUGUGGCUCUGCUAGCAUGCGCUUUAGCUCUUUUAGCAUCAUCAAUGGCUUCUGCUGCUAUUGUUGAACAUUCAUUCCAUGUGCAAAACCUCACUGUCCGUCGGCUAUGCAAUGAGCAAGUGAUAACUGCAGUGAAUGGAAGCCUCCCUGGCCCAACCAUACGUGUUCAAGAGGGUGACAUCCUUGUCGUCCACGUAUUCAAUAAGUCACCCUAUAAUAUAACAAUUCAUUGGCAUGGUAUCUUUCAAAAAUUGAGUGGGUGGGCUGACGGGCCUGAAUAUGUAACUCAAUGCCCUAUAGUUCCUGGAAAUUGCUAUACCUAUAAAUUCAAAAUUACCGGACAAGAGGGAACGCUUUGGUGGCAUGCUCACUCAUCUUGGCUCCGCGCAACAGUUCAUGGUGCACUCAUCAUUCACCCUAAAUCCGGUCACUCAUAUCCAUUCCCUAAGCCCGACAAGGAAGUUCCCAUCUUAUUUGGAGAGUGGUGGAAUGCUAAUGUCAUUGACGUUGAGAACCAGGGACUUGCUACCGGUGGAGCUCCAAACAAUUCUGAUGCUUUCACGAUAAAUGGGAAGCCUGGCGAUCUUUACCCAUGCUCUGAAAAACAAACGUACAAGCUUAAGGUGGUUGAAGGAAAGACAUACAUGCUACGCAUAAUCAACGCUGCACUCAAUAACCAGCUUUUCUUCAAGAUAGCCAAUCACAAGAUGACAGUUGUCGCAAUAGACGCCUCGUUCACGGAACAAUAUGUGACCGACGUAGUUGUGAUCGCACCUGGUCAGACCACUGAUGUUCUUGUCACUGCUGAUCAACCCGUGGGUUCUUACUACAUGGCCGCGACUCCAUAUGCUAGUGCUGCGAACGUGUCGUUUGAUAACACUACCACAAGGGGCAUCAUCGUCUAUGAAGGCUCCACGUCAGCAAAUCCUCUCAUGCCGGUCCUACCAGCUUCCAAUGACACGUUGACAGCCCACAAGUUUUACAGUAAUCUUACUGGACUAGCUGGUGGGCCACACUGGGUCCCAGUGCCACGUCAAGUGGAUGAGCACAUGUUUAUAACUUUUGGGAUCAAUCUGGCACCUUGUAGGUCCAACGUGACUGGGAAUCCCACGUGUCAAGGCCCACUUAAUCAGAGUCUCUCUGCGAGCAUGAACAACGUAUCGUUUGUGCUCCCUAGUACUAGCAAGUUGUCUAUGUUGCAAGCUUUUUUCUUUGACGUGGGUGGGGUCUACACCACCGACUUUCCUAACAAGCCUCCCGUGAAGUUUGACUACACCAACCCCAACAUCAGUUUAGAUCGAUCACUGAUUUUUGCACCCAAAGCAACCAAAGUCAAGACAUUGAAGUACAAUUCAACGGUGGAGAUUGUGUUGCAAAACACAGCGUUUGUAGGGAUUGAGAAUCAUCCUAUUCACAUUCAUGGUUUCAAUUUCCAUGUUUUGGCUCAAGGGUUUGGAAAUUAUGACUCUGUUAAUGAUCAGGGAAAGUUCAACUUCGUUAACCCUCAGACACGUAACACCAUCGCUGUUCCAGUUGGAGGAUGGGCUGUCAUUAGAUUCCAAGCAAAUAAUCCAGGUAUAUGGCUGGUACAUUGCCAUCUGGACGUGCAUUUGCCAUGGGGACUUGCCAUGGCUUUUGAGGUUGAGAAUGGACCAACUAUAUCAUCUAUACUGCCUCCUCCACCAGCUGAUCUUCCUCAAUGCUAGAAGCUUACCAAGAUAUGGCUUUCAAGCAGUGUCACCAUUGUUUAUUUUCAAACAUUUUAUUCUUCAUUGUUUUCAGUUUGGCUUUAGAUUUCAUUUACUGAAAAAAAAAAAAUUCCAAUAAAGGUAAUUAUCAAUCGAUUCUUUUCAACAUUGAUUAUUGUAUUAAUUAUUUUCAUUAAUUGAGUGAAAUAAUAUUGUUCCUUACCAGUAUUUA